GUUGUGGUCGUAGUCGUCGCCGUCGUUGAAGACGUUGUAGUCGCUGUCGGUGUCGUUGACAAUUUGCUGUGCUGUGCUGUGCUGUGCUGCGCCGCUGCUGUUGUGGAUUUUGUUGGAAUUAAAGAAAUUGUUUUUCUUUUUUCUUCCUUCGCAACAACAAUACUAUUACGAUUCUUUUUUUUUAUACAUUUCCUAUUAAUUCUUCGGUAACAAUUUUCACACGGUAGUACCAACUGAAACUCACUGAAAUUUAGCAAUGGAAAAAAGUUGAAUUUGUGGAAAAAUGAUGAUAUUUGUGCAAUUUGUGUGAGAAAAAAGAGAAAAUUAUAUAUUAAAUGGCAGCAAAGGAUAGGUGAAAGUUGAGUGCUUAACACAGAAAGCAAAGAAAAGAAAAAUUGAAAAAAUGUGAAAAAUUAUGUACGAGAAUUCUGCGUUUAUAUUAAUUGUGUGUUGUAAGAAAAAAAAUAUAUGUACAUACUUACGUACGUGAAAGCUGAAAGGGAGUAAAGGAAAUGUGUAACUAAUCUAUGGUUUUGUGUUACGCUGCCAUCAUAAACGACGAUUUAACCGUGAAUAUUGCCCGAUAAGUGUUACACCUUCGAAAUUGGCUACGAACCCACAACAGAAAUCAGAUUUCACAUAAAUAUUUACAGCAGCGUCAACACGAUACCUCCCAUCCGUCGUCUACUACAAUACUAAAUAUUACAACUGCAGAGUGUAUAUAAAUACAUAAAUACAAACAUACAAACAAACUGGCAUACAUAAGUCGUAUAUUCAUUUAUAUGCUGGUUGUUUAUUGUACACAUCUGGCACUUUAAAAAAAGGGUAUUAAAUUAUAUACAUACAUACAUAUAUACUCGUAGGAAGAAACAAAAUUUCUUCGCCAACAAAGUGUCAACAUAAAACAUCAAAUUGGCGGUUGGAGUGUGGUUUUGGUUUGGUAUUUUUAAAUACAUCAUAAUUUCGCACAAGAUCCGGUGAUGUGGGACAACCCCCGCAACGGGAAAUGCAACAAACCCAACGUUAUAUACCGUCUGUAUCUGAUUUAUAUGGAACGGACGAGAUAGAACUCCUACUGGACGAAAUACGUGAAUUAGAACCGGUCUGCUGUCAGCUGGACGAUGAACAGGAUUUUGAAAUAGCUGGCAGCAGAGCCGGUGAGCUGUCACUAUCCUUAGAAUCGCCGCUGGGCACGUGCACGUCGUGGGACUCGCACGCCAAUUAUAAACAGCGCAGCGGCCAAACGCCACUGCCAUGGGGUGUAGCCCUACACUGUGAUCCGCAACACUUGAAAACGCCUACAGGGAUUGUGCGAAUUCUUUUGGUGUUAUCGUCAGCCGCUUGUCUCGCCUGCGAAUGUUCCGCCGGCACAGUACAAGUUGGCCUCUUUUUACUGCCACUCAUCGGACGCUUGAGAUUAAUGGUCUUCUGUGCGAUCUUCUCCUUACUAAUCACCUGUCUGAUGUUAUUUCUAGAUAUUUCACACAUAGCACUCAUGUUCCCCUUCAAUUGGACUAAAGUUAAUACAUGGAUGUACCUGAGCAUUGGUUUGAUAUUAAUAUUGAGCUCGACACUGGUAAUGCAUAUGGUGCUUUACGCUGAAGAAUACAUUGCCGUCAACAAGCACACCAAGGACACACUUUUUACUUCAGCGUUUAUCGGUUACAUUUGUGCCAUCGAAUCAUUUAUACUAUCUGGUAUUGCCUCCUGGCCAUGGACGCAAUAUUAUCGUCAGGUACCCGACGAUGGUAGUGAAAUGUAUAUUGAAGAUCGUGAAAUGACACCAAUGAGUCCAAUCGAGAGUACAGAUGUGCCGAAUACACAUCAUCAAAUACAACAUAACAAUCGAAAUAAUAGCACUGCACACAGCGAAACAAAUCACAAUAAUCAGCAACAGCAACAAAUACAACAACAACAGCAACAACAACAAUACAAUCGAAUAUCAUCGUCGUCGUCCUAUAAUCAAAAGCCUUAUAUACCUGCCAAACGACCCAAUGAAUUGAUUAACCAAAGACCAACACUGGGCCACACCCAAACAACCAGGAAACCAAAUACUCGUUACCGUGAAGGCUAUCAUUAUCAACCAGUUGCGUCAACGUCCCGCCAGAGUCCCACAUUCGUCUUAGGCGAUGACAUUGGGGCCGGUCCAUCCACAUCCCGAUCCAAUGAUAAUUCUAGUGCGUGAUAGUUUUUAUUCCUCAUAAUAAUGUAAUGAAAUUUAAAAUACAAUAAAAACCAAAAAGAAAUAAUAAUAAUAGUGAAGACAAGAAAACAAUUUAAAUCAAUAAAAGAAAGCGUACACAAUAAAACAUUGUCAUUGAAUGAAAAUUCAUAAUAAUCAUAAUAAUUAUUAUAACGAAGUUGGAGGAAGAGAGAGUAAGAAAAUAUAAAAAAUAGUAAUAGAAACCAAAAAUUAUAUUAAUAUAUCUGCGGGUAUGAAAAUAAAAUGAUUGUAAAAGCUGAAUUUUGGUUUAGCAACGAAUACUGAAGAGAAAAUCUAUUAUAAUAAAGAGAAAAAAACAUUCAAACAAAAUGCAUUUGGUAAUUGUAACGAAUUGUUUAUAGCUGAAUAAAACAAAAAAAAACAUAUAUA